GCCACUUGAGUCGUAUGAGAUUAAUUGCAACUGUUUUGAAAUCUGAAGAUUGUCCCGUGCCUUUUUGAAUCAAUCUUACGUCGUCUUUAUAGGACCUCGUCUCCGCUCUUAAGGAAAUCCCCAAACGGAGACGAACGAAUAAUCGUAGCUUCAUACCAUCACGACCGGGAAAAAGAAUCCUCCUGUAACCGUUCUGCCCAGAUCUAAUCUAGGGACUCCUCUCUUCCUCCAGAUCUCCUACUUUUGAUCUCGAUUCGUGAUGGAGGCGAUCGAUGAGUUGUCUCAGCUCUCAGAUUCGAUGAAACAGGCGGCGUCUCUGCUCGCCGACGAAGAUCCCGAUGAGACCUCUUCUUCCAGACGCCCCGCCACUUUCCUAAACGUUGUAGCCUUAGGAAAUGUGGGAGCUGGGAAGUCUGCAGUUCUAAACAGUCUUAUUGGACAUCCAGUCCUGCCUACGGGUGAGAAUGGUGCUACACGAGCUCCUAUUAUAAUUGACUUGAGCAGGGAGGCUUCUUUGAGCAGCAAGGCUAUUAUCUUGCAAAUCGACAAUAAAUCUCAACAAGUUUCAGCAAGUGCUCUGAGACACUCUCUCCAAGAUAGACUUAGCAAAGGAGCCUCAGGGAAGAAUCGUGAUCAAAUAUAUUUAAACCUUCGUACCAGCACAGCUCCACCACUGAAAUUAGUUGACCUGCCUGGACUGGACCAGAGAAUUGUGGAUGAUUCAAUGAUUGCUGAAUACGCGCAACACAAUGAUGCCAUACUGCUGGUUAUAGUCCCUGCUAGCCAGGCAUCUGAAAUUUCAUCUUCCCGAGCACUGAAGAUUGCGAAGGAGCAUGAUCCAGAGAGCACUAGGACAGUUGGCAUUAUUGGGAAAAUUGACCAGGCUGCAGAGAACCCGAAAGCCCUCGCAGCUGUUCAGGCUCUUCUCUCAAAUCAAGGACCGCCAAAAACAACUGACAUCCCAUGGGUAGCUCUUAUUGGCCAAUCCGUUGCAAUUGCAUCAGCACAGUCUGGAAGUGGUGAGAACUCCUUAGAAACCGCAUGGCGUGCUGAAAGUGAAAGUCUGAAGUCCAUUUUGACUGGGGCCCCACAAAGCAAGCUUGGCAGAGUUGCCUUGGUGGACACCCUUGCUAGCCAGAUCCGUAGCAGAAUGAAGCUCAGGCUUCCAAGUAUCCUGUCUGGGCUCCAGGGUAAGUCUCAAAUAGUGCAGAACGAGCUAGCGAGGCUUGGGGAACAACUCGUUAACAGUGCUGAAGGUACAAGGGCUAUAGCUUUGGAGCUUUGCCGUGAGUUUGAGGAAAAAUUUCUUCUCCACUUGGCUGGUGGUGAAGGAAGUGGUUGGAAAGUUGUUGCAAGUUUUGAAGGAAAUUUUCCCAACCGAAUCAAGGAGCUUCCAUUGGAUAGGCAUUUUGACUUGAACAAUGUUAAAAGGGUUGUUUUGGAGGCAGAUGGUUAUCAACCUUAUCUUAUAUCUCCAGAGAAAGGGUUGAGGUCGCUGAUAAAGAUUGUUCUUGAGUUGGCUAAAGACCCUGCACGUCUUUGUGUUGAUGAGGUUCAUCGAGUUCUUGUUGACAUAGUUUCAGCCUCUGCAAAUGCUACACCUGGCCUCGGGAGAUAUCCUCCUUUCAAGCGAGAGGUUGUAGCUAUAGCAAGUGCAGCACUUGAUGGUUUCAAGAAUGAAGCCAAGAAAAUGGUGGUUGCACUAGUCGAUAUGGAACGGGCUUUUGUACCACCUCAGCAUUUUAUCCGUCUUGUGCAAAGGAGAAUGGAAAGACAACGUCGCGAGGAUGAGCUGAAAGGACGAUCUUCUAAGAAGGGACCAGAUGCCGAGCAGUCCCUUUUAAGCAGGGCUGCUAGUCCUCAGCCGGAUGGUAGCAUGAAAUCAAUGAAAGACAAACCUAGUCCGCAAGAUAAGGAGACGCCGGAGGUCUCUGGUCUGAAAACUGCUGGACCUGAGGGAGAGAUAACAGCAGGGUACUUAAUGAAGAAAAGUGCAAAAACAAAUGGAUGGAGUAGGCGAUGGUUUGUUCUAAAUGAGAAAACUGGAAAGCUGGGCUAUACGAAAAAGCAAGAAGAAAGAAACUUCCGGGGCACAAUAACUUUGGAGGAAUGCACUAUUGAAGAAAUUCCUGAGGAAGAAGUAGAAAAAUCAAAGAGUUCGAAGGACAAGAAGGCAAACGGACCUGAUCCAAAAGGACCAGGUCUUAUAUUUAAAAUAACCUGCAAGGUUCCCUAUAAGACUGUACUAAAAGCUCACAAUUCCCUUGUGCUUAAGGCUGAGAGUGCAGUCGAUAAGAACGAGUGGAUUAAUAAGUUGCAGAAGGUUAUUCAGGCUCGAGGAGGCCAAGUGGGCAAUAUUUCCAUGAGACAGAGUUUUUCAGAAGGUUCACUUGAUAAGAUGGUUAGGAAACCCGUCGAUCCAGAAGAGGAACUUCGGUGGAUGUCCCAAGAAGUACGUGGUUACGUUGAAGCUGUCCUUAACAGUCUUGCAGCCAAUGUUCCCAAGGCUGUUGUUCUUUGUCAAGUGGAGAAAUCAAAAGAAGACAUGCUGAAUCAACUAUACAGCUCUAUCAGUGCAAUAGGCAAUGAGAGGAUUGAGUCAUUGAUUCAAGAGGAUCAGAACGUCAAAGGAAAAAGAGAGCGUUACCUGAAACAAUCCUCUCUUCUUUCUAAGCUCACAAGGCAGCUUAGCGUUCAUGACAACCGAGCUGCUGCUGCUUCAAGUUGGUCUGACAACGGUUCCACUGAAAGCAGCCCAAAAACCAGUGGAGGUUCUUCAGGGGAUGACUGGAUGAAUGCCUUCAACGCCGCUGGUAAUGGAGGGUCAGAUUCACUGUCAAGAUACGGAUCAGGUGGUCACAGUCACAGCCGCCGUUACAGCGAUCCUGCUCAGAACGGAGAUUUGCCAUCACCAGGCUCUGGUAGCAGCCGCCGCACCACCCCGAACCGGCUUCCACCAGCACCACCACAGGGUGGAUCAUCUUACAGGUAUUAGAACCUGAAAGAAAGAAAAAAAAAACGGAGACUGAUUCUUUCUCUGGAGUUUGGGUCCCGUGUUCUGGGACUAAGUCACUCUUAUUUUACUAGUUUAAGAAGGGGACUGGUGUUUUGUCUUUUUUGUAGAUAGAUAUUAUCACACAUUCUGUGCUUGCUUCAUGAGUCCAUGUCUGUCUGAAUCUUUUUGUUCUUUAUUCAACUUUUUUUUUUGGCAACUAUUUUUGGGCAAGUGUGGACCUUUCUAUUUUUUAGGGGCAUGUUCAUGCAAUAUUUUGAAAGUUAUGUUUACUUU